AGUCCAUCGGAGGAAAAUCCGUUCGUUAUUAAUAUUUUCAGAUCAUUUAGAUAAAGGCGGUGAUUAUCCUGGAUUGAUCAAUUGGUGUUUCGAUUAACUUGAAAGAUGUCUGCGGUCACGGAUUUGUGGAACCACACUUAUUACAAAGCAAUAAGAAUAAUUGCUACUUGUGUUGGUCAAUGGCCCUAUCAAACAGGGAAGAAACUUGUCAUAUGUCGCAUUGUGACAUUCUCCAUCCUCAGCCUUCAGUUUACAACACAGGUCUUAGCUGCUUGGGCACAUCGAGAUCGUUUCGUCGUUUUUAUGGAGUGUCUCUCUCCCUUUCUUCUAGAUGCAGUGGCGGUGAUAAAAUACGUAAAUAACUGCUGUCAUUUCAAAACGAUGGUUUAUCUCUUGGAACGGAUGAAAUACAAUUGGAAAAUUUUUCCGAAGGAUAAUGGACUCCACAUGCUCCAUGAGCACAGUGCUUAUGCAAAGAAAUAUGCUGCGAUAUAUUUAAGUCAACUAUGGCUGAGUGUUUUCACUUUUAUAGCCGAACCUUUCGAGAAGAAGUUGAUCUAUCACUUCCUCUACCCCGAUGUCCAUCUGCCGAAGAAAUUUCCAAUUCCGAUAAAUGUCCCACUCGACGUAGACACUUGGUAUUAUUACCUCUGGGCCACUAUUUCACUGAGUAAAUUUGUCCGUAUUACUCUCAUUGGCGCAUGUGAUCUAUUAUAUCUGACGUUUGCGGAACAUGCCCGUGGAUUUUUCAAGGCUUUGGGAUAUGUCAUUGAAAAUAUACCGCCUCACGACGAGUCUGAAGGGGUUGAUCGCAGUUUCGAAUAUUUGAGAAGUUGCGCAAUACUACACAAUCGUGCUAUAGAGUUUGCAGAGCACGUCAGAGACGUCUACCUCUGGUCUUACUUGGGAGUAAUCAUAACCAACACUCUUAUGAUUACUGGAACUGGUGUACAGGUGGUGCACAACUAUCAUAAUACGGAGAAAUUGAUAAAGUUCACAAUUAAUUUGACAACUCAAUUGUUCCAUCUUUUCAUCCAGUGCUACACCGCUCAAAGAGUUAUGGAUGCCAGCUUUGAUCUCAAAGAUGCUCUAACAAAUGCAAAGUGGUUCAAUGCUUCAAAGAAAGCCCAGAAGUUGAUACCUCUGAUGGUCAUGAGGGCUCAAAAUCCGGUGGUUAUAACUGCUGGAAAGAUGUUCGUUAUGAACAUGAAUCUUUUUACGGUGGUGGUGAAGACAGCAGGAUCUUAUCUCACGGUGUUGUUAGCUCUGCAAUAG